AUGUUUCCAGCUAAUUGCACUGUGGAGCCUGAGGAAGAAGAAGAGGAUGAGUUUCAGCAAGAUGCUCCUGGUGGAGGAGGGGGAGGGGGAGGGGGAGCGUCAGGGUUCGGAAUGGGAGGGGGCGCGGGGGGGAUGGAGUUGGGGGAGGAGGAGGCGUCUGCGGGAAUGGUGGGGGCGGAGCAGGUGUUACCCGGGGUGGGCGGGUGGGCGGGGCAGGUGUUUGUGCUGCAUAAUGUGUUCGUGGACCCGUGGGGGUUGGUGUUCAAUGCCUCGCAUGUGUUCCGCGCUGGGGGGUGCCGCCCCCACUUGCGCCGCCAGAAGUUCGUGUACCACAGAGGCACGCAAGUAACCCUACACAAGCUGGUCGUGAACCUCAUGGUGCCGUCCCCUCAGAGGCAUCUCAAGGCGCGCCACCCGCGCUUCCACACCGUCUUCCACCGCCUCGUGCACCAACUGCCGCUCUUCCUGCCGCUCGCCCCGCUACUGCCCAAGCUCAUGGAGCACGAUGCUCGGUUCCUCGUGCAUGAGAAGAAGUACCUGCACUCGCUGGCACUGCACAUCCUAGGCGGUGACCCGUCGCGCCGAGCACUGGUCCUACAGGAGGAGGCGCAGCACCUCAUCUUCGUGGAGCGCCUCGUGCAGCCCUUCUUCCAGCACUGCUCCCGCCCCAGCCCCGCACUCUGGCGCUCCUUCCGCUCCUCCCACCUCCUCCCCCCUGCUGGUCUCCCUGUUUUCGACCAGAACUGGCGCAGGCGGGAAGUGGCUCCUGUGCCUGCUACUGUCGAGGAAGUAGCGGCGGCAGCAGAAGCGGGAGGGGUAGGAACAGGAGCAGCGGGAGCGGAGGCAGAGUUGGAAUCCAUUCCGAUUCCGAAGAAGGAUUGGGUGGUGAUUAACGCACAGCCGCCAGGUGUGUUGGAGUUAGAACGGGCGGCCGAGCAUGAAGCUGCCCUGAAAGACAAUUUCUGGUUCGGGCGGAUACAGGAGCACCUGGCGGGCAAGGGGUUUGAGCCCACAAGGAAACUUUUCUCCCGGGCAGCUUUACUGGUGACCACGCCGGGCGAGGCGCUCCUGAACAUGAUUUUCAUGCCGCCCGGCGCUACAGUGUUUGAGUACCAGCCACGAGAAUCAGCCACGAAUUCCCACCGUGCCUUUGCUCAUGUUCUCGGCCUCAAAUACGCGUCUUAUAUCUGCAAACGAACCAGGAGAGCUCUUGACGAGGAUGACCCAGUAACCCUCUACUGCCAUCCCAUGACAGUCCGACGUUUCUUCACACACAUUGAAUCAGUGGUGUUUCAUAGCCCGGUGAUACCUGGGGGAGGCGCUACUCGGGCCCUGCUUAACCGAGACUUUAUUCCCGGUCUUACACCACUGCCACAAAGCACCUCCUCUUCUUCUUCCUCCUCCUCCUCCUCCUCCUCCUCCUCCUCCUCCUCCUCCUCCUCCUCCUCCUCCUCGUCCGCCUGGCUUCCCUUCGACCCAUCGGCUUUCUGUGAGCGGGUGCUGAAGAACCGGCGCAUGCUGGUGGUGGGGGACUCGAAGCAGUUCCAGCUCACCUCGUCUCUGAUAAACGCUCUUGCCACAGGCGUGCGCAAGCCCGCGUGGGGGCUCAUUCAAGACAUCGAGGCUCCUGAGGGGUGCGCUGCUGCUCUGGACAAUGAUCCGACUCGCUACUUGCAUGACUUUUGUAGAAGCUUCGUAUUCAACGGCACCCUCUGCCCCGGCUUCCGUCUGGACUACAUCAGAGCAGACCGCCUCUGGAUCUUUGACCCGCGCCCGGCCGAGUUCGAGUACAUGCCCUGGGUGCAGCCCGCACUCUCCCACCUUGCAACUGCCGACAUAAUCCUCAUCAACCGCGGCGCGCAUUGGACAGUCACGGAGGAUUUUCUCAGCGGCGUGCGCUCCGCUACAAGAUACAUCCGGCAGCACUUCCCAAACAAGCUCGUGAUCUACCGCAACACUCCCCCAGGUCACAUAGGCUGCGCGGGGCAGGAAGCGCCACUGGAAGAACCGCAGCUGCAGGAGAUCCUGCCGUAUUUCUGGAAGGAGUUGCGGGAGCAGAACGAGCUGGUGAAGGAGGUGGUGGAGGAAGCGGGAGGGGUGUAUAUGGAUGUGGAGGGGAUGUUAGCGCUGCGGUGGGAUGGGCACAAGGGUGUGGUGCCAGACAAGAAGAAGCCGGAUUGCUUGCACUAUUGCCUGCCUGGCCCGUUGGAUGUGUAUCCGCAGUUCUUGUACAAUCUACUCGUCCGGCUUUUGCCGCCGCCGCCCUCUAAGUGA